AUGGUGGCUCCUUCCCGCGUUCUUGAAAUCAGUGUAAUUUCCGCCCAUGACUUGGCCUUCGUUUCUAAAAGCAUGAAAACUUACGUAACUGCAUGGAUCCAUUCUGACCGGAAGGUCACCACGAGGGUUGAUCAAAGUGGACUUAAUAACCCGAAUUGGAAUGAAAAAUUUGUGUUUCGGGUAGAUGACAGGUUCCUUGCCGAUGAAACUUCGGCUAUUAUGAUCGAAAUUUACGCGGCAGCCUGGUUGAAAGAUGCCCUCAUUGGCUCCGUUCGUGUCCUCAUCAGCCACCUGUUUGGUUCUCUUUCGAACAACGCGUCAGCCACGAGGUUUGUCGCGUUGCAGGUUCGCCGUCCGUCGGGGCGGCCUCAGGGGAUCCUCAACAUGGGCAUCACGCUUUUGGAUAACACAAUGCGGAGCUUGCCGCUUUUGACCGAGCUGUGCGCGAUGGGUGGAACUUUUAGCGAUAUUUCAUCGAUAAGAAAUUCGAUCGAUGCGAAAACGAAGAAGUUAACUAAGGAUGAUCUAGAACUUGGGAAAUUGAAUCUCAAUAAUAAAGCCAGAAAGAACGUGAAACUACGUCGUUCUUUAAGUGACAUGACGGAUUUAACCAGCGAGGAUUACGCGAAACACGGUGUCGUUAAUGUUGGCUCAAUGUGCAAUGGUUCGGUGGUGAAAGGAAACAAUAACAAUGGCAGCAUGGUAAACGAGUCGUUAUGUUCCUCGGACGUGGGGCCUUCGGCGUCGGUGGUGGCGGCAGCGAUAGCGAAAGGGUUGUAUAAGACACCGGCUCAGGCGAAGACGGCGCCGGCGCCAGCAAAUGAAGGAGGGAAUAUUGGGUUGCUGACUGAUGGUUGGACGGGGAAGGUGCAGAAUGAAGAAAACCUGAAAUUUAGGCUUGAUGGAUGGCGUAAUGAGGUUCAACCAAUUUAUGAUCAUUCUAAAAUGAGAGCUAAUAGUAAACGCGGUGGGCGUGCGCGGCGGAGGAGGGACGGCGGAGGGUUGUUUUCGUGUUUUGGUAAUGCAUUUGGGUGUGAAAUCUCGAUUACCUGUGGUGGAGGAGGGGGAAACACCAAAAAGAGGUAUCAAAAUGGGAAGGUAUGUCACCUUAGCGCGGUUGAUGAUAGUAUUAGUAUUCUUCAAUCAUACGUUGCGAGGUUUUAG